AUGCCUUCCAUCCUCAGCGACGACGACAAAGACACAGUCAAGCGCUUCGUGCCCAAGCAGACCAACAAGAUCCAAGCCGUCGCUGUCGCCAGGCUGUACAUUGCGUACCCCAAUCGCUCGAAAUGGACAUACACCGGUCUUCAAGGUGCCGUCGUGCUGGCAAAUGACCUCGUGGGCAACACGUACUGGCUCAAGAUGGUCGACAUCUCACCGUCAAGCCGCGGUGUCAUUUGGGACCAGGAGAUAUUCGACACCUGGAGCUACAACCAGGACCGCACAUUCUUCCACACCUUUGAGCUUGAAGAGUGCCUAGCCGCACUGAGCUUUGUCGACGAGAAAGAGGCCAAGCAAUUCAAGAAGAAGAUGGACGAUCGAGAGAAGAACGCCAGUAAGGCCACCCGCUCGACACCCUUCGGCGGCGGCUCUCAACCCAAGGAGAAGCACAGCCUGUUGGGAGGACUGUUUGGUUCACGUCACUCGUCUGCGCCUACACCUCCCGAGUCGCCGCGCCAGACGCUCCCACCGCCGCCUCCGAAUCCGGCCUCGAUCUCGUCCAUGACUCUCAACGGCGGUCGGCCAGCAUCCGAAUUCCCACUCUUGGACGCCUUCGACCCCCUCUGGAGGGAGCACUUUGGGCAAGAUCUGAAGGAGAAAGGCCUGACAGACGAUUUCAUCAAGGACAACCAGGAGUUUAUUGUGGACUUUUUGCGAGAACAGCAGCAGAACAACGCCAGCGAGGACCAGCCAGCCUCGCCGCGUCCUCCACCCCCAGCACCUCCGGCGGCUACGACGAAUGGCACCGAUGCAAGAGGCUCACGAGCACCUCCUCCGCCUCCUCCUGGUGGUGCAAAGGCUCCCCCACCACCCGCACCUCGACGAUCCAACAAGGCGGAAUCGCCCGUGAACGAACCCCCGGAGUCCCCCCCUGGACCACCUCGACCAAAGUUCAAUGCGCCGCCCCCUCUAGCAGAUGCUGGCAAGUUCGCGCGGAAGGAGGUUCCCAAGUCAGCGCCGGCGCCGCCUCCCAGGUCCAACGCUGGUCCGGCGCCGCCACCACCUCCUCGUCAAGCGGCGAGAGCGCCUGCGUUGGAAACGGACCACAAGUUUGGCGUACCACCGCCAUUUCAAGGGGCUCGCAACCCGGCGCUACCACCUACACCAAGCCGAGGCCCUGUGCCACCGCCUCCUCCUCCGCGGUCUGGAGGGGAUGCCCCGGCGGCGGCGCUUGGCCCUCCUCCACCUCUUCCGCCAAAGGUACCUGCUGGAGGACCUCCACCACUACCACCAUCCAGCUCUCGGCCCGUGCCUCCUCCCCCAGCGGCUGGCAACCCAUCCCGCGUGCCACCACCUCCUUCGUCGAACAACCUACCUCCACCGCCGCCUCCUCUGCCCCCUACGCGCGACAGCGGAGCACCGCCGCCACCUCCCCUACCUCCAACCUCAGCAGGCGGUCCUCCUCCCCCUCCUCCUCUGCCAUCCACGGGCGCAGGAGGAGCACCACCACCACCACCGCCUCCUCCCCCGAACCGCGACGCAGGAGACUCAUCGGGCCUGCCACCUCCUCCAUCUCUGCCCCAAGCCGGUGGAGGGCGAGCGGCCAUGUUGGGCGACAUCCAGAAGGCCGGCGGCAUCGGCGCGUUGAAGAAGGUCGACAGGACGCAGAUUCGCGACCGAAGCGCUGCGCAGGUAGCCGGGGGUGAUUCUGGCGGUGCUGGCCCCCCUCCGCCUGGUGCACCUCCAGGCGCUGGAGGAGGUGGUAUGGCCGAUGCGCUCGCGGCUGCUCUGCAGAAGCGCAAGGAGAAGGUCAGCAAGAGCGAUGACGAAGACGAUGACGACGAGUGGUGA